GUAAUUGUAGAAGUCUUUCAAUGUAAAAUUUUAAGGAUGAAAUAAAGUGCAGGGAUAUUAUUAUUAAUCAUAAAAUUGUGAAUAUUUCAGACGUUAGGAGUUUUACAUUUCGGAGAGCACUUUCAGGCUCCAGAGGGUGAAAAUCAGCCAAGUACUGAUGUUGAUCUUUUUGUUUCAACUGAAAAAAUAAUGGUUCUCAAUACAGAUUUACAGGAAAUAAUGAUGGAUCAUUCCCUGCGAACGAUAUCCUACAUAGCUGAUAUUGGCGACAUCCUGGUUAUCAUGGCAAGACGCCGACUUAUAACCAGCCCGGACGAUGUGCUGGGAAGACGCAGGAGACAAGCCAAGAUUCUCUGUCACGUCUUUGAGUCUGAUGAGGCCCAACUCAUUGCCCAGUCAAUCGGUCAAGCAUUCCAGGUGGCAUACCUGGAGUUCCUCAAGGCCAAUGGCAUCGAAGAUCCCGGCCUACUCAAAGAGAUGGACUACCAAGAUGUGCUCAACCAACAAGAGAUAUAUGGCGAGGAGCUUAAUCUCUUUGCAAACAAGGAUUUUCACAAGGAGGUGAUUGUGCCCAAGUCAAAGAACGAGCCGUUGGGUGUGGUGAUUGUGGAGUCUGGCUGGGGUUCUAUGGUUCCAACCGUUGUCCUGGCUAACAUGUUGCCCACAGGACCUGCUGCCCGAUGUGGUCAGCUCAACAUUGGGGAUCAGAUUAUUUCUAUCAAUGGGAUCAGCUUGGUCGGGCUCCCAUUGUCAGCUUGCCAGACUUACAUCAAGGCAUCUCGCUCACAAACUGUUGUAAAGCUGACUGUUGUCCCAUGUCCACCAGUUGUUGAGGUGUUAAUCAAGAGGCCAGAUGUCAAGUAUCAGCUGGGAUUUAGUGUCCAGAAUGGAGUGAUUUGCAGUCUGCUUAGGGGAGGCAUUGCUGAGCGUGGAGGCGUAAGAGUGGGGCAUAGAAUUAUUGAGAUCAACAACCAGAGUGUGGUGGCUGUCCCACAUGAGAAAAUUGUCACUCUUUUGGCCAGCUCUGUGGGAGAGAUUCACAUGAAGACGAUGCCCACCUCAAUAUUCCGUCUACUUACUGGUCAAGACGUCCCUCACUACUUGUAGAGUUUCUACAGCCCAUUAAGUUAAGGCAUCAAUUGUUACUGUGAUAAAGAUGGUGUUUACACUAGUUUUCAGCUGUUUAAUACAGAGGCAUCUUAAAAGCUUAUUGUUCUAUUUGUAGUUGCAAUGCAAUAGUUUAAAACCUGAUGAGCAGUGUUGUUUCUUUUUUUCCCUUCUGCAAAUGCUACUUUGAACAGAGGGCUGAUUUACUCUGGUAUAUAGUGAAGGAACUACACUUAAUAGUAUUGCUAGAGAUGCAUUUAAUUUGGCAACUUGGUAAUAUGUCUUAAUGCUUACAAUGUAUAUUUUUAUCUGAUAAUGUUAUAUGAAGAGUUGUUCAAUAAGACCAUAAUCAGUAAUUGUUCUAAGUGUUUGUUGUGUGUUUGUUGAAUGUUACAUGGAAUAGUAUGUAAAGCUUUGUAAAGUACAAAAAUUCCUGGCUCAUUUUUAUGUUAGUAUUUUUUGUCUAAUUAAUGAUUUUUUAAAAUCACGAUCUAACUGAAAUUCUAUUGAGGUUUGUAAGUGAUUUUAACAACACUUUAAUUUCCUUUUUUCUCAUAGUUUAAUUAAGGCAGUUAAAAAAGGGCCAAUCUACUUGUUUAAAUUAAAUCAUUUCUACAGUGUGUACAGUUAUCCUCCAAGUUUGGUUUCGUGUUUUCCUUUAUUUCAUUUAGGGUACAUUCAUGUUAUCAUAAUAGUUUUUUUUUCUUACACUAUUCUUAGUAAGUAUCUGAACAUCGUUUAAGCAUACAAACUGUUUAAACACAAUUCAUCAAUGUACUUUGUAAAUAUCUUUAAGUGUAAUUUAUGUCAUCAUCCUAGCUGUCAAGAGGUAAUUGUUUUAGUUGUUUAGUAUUACAAAAUACAAUGCUGCAUAUAUAAAAGAGCAGAUAGCAUGUACACAUUUAGCUAGUCCUGUACACAUUGGGUGCUUAUCUUCUGGGUAUCACAUGAGUUAUUCCCUGAGAGAGGGGUGCUGAUGACAACUCUAGCUUUAAGAUUCUCUGUGGCACAUCCACAAGCAGAGUCUGAUACAUUUUAUUUAUUCAAUAUCUUUUAAAUGUAUAAAGACAUUUGUAUGUUAUAACUAUGAUGAAUAGCCACUUUUAAAGAAAUUUUUGAAAAAUUCAUACUUUUGACUGUUGCUUAGUCACUUCAUGUGAAAUAAUAUUAAAGAAUUAAACUAAUACUUUAUGUUUCUUUGUCAGUAAUACCAGAUAACAGUUAAGCAUCAUGUAAAUAAUUAUAACCACCAAUAUAAAAUUUGUACGGAAAAUUGAUUUAUAAUUAUUAACUAAGUCAUAAUAGAUAAGUAAUGUUUCUACCUACAAGAGUAUGAAUGAUUAUAAAAUCCCAAAUUGUAAGUUUAUAGACUUUAUUGUGAAGGCUUGAUUAAACAUUUGUUUUUUGUUAAGCUAAAGUAUUGCUUCUUUUGGUGGAAAUUAAAGUUUUUUCAAUUUACAUAGCUCUGGAAGUUUUUUUUGAUAAAAGGAAUGUUCUCUGGGAUUCACAAUCAGCGUACAAACCAAUACUUUCAAAUAUCAAACAAUUUAUAUACUUGGUGCUUAAUUCCAAAACUUCCAAACUGAAAAUGUUUUUAUUUGCAAACUUUGUCUUCAGCUAAUUGUUUGCUGUGAGUGUUUAUACAUUAAGCUGUUUAAGAUGCAGCCCUGUUAUUCAGACUUGUUGGAAGAAAUAUUUAUCAUAGAAUCUAUACAGCACAUCCCUUAUUUGACUUAAUCAAAUUGUUGAGUGUGUGUGAGUUGUUUAGAUGGAUCUUACUGUACAUUUAGUAAAACAAAUUUCUUUUUAGAGGAGAUACAUAGGAUCCUCUGGAAAGUUUGAAUGUUGGGCAACAAAUUGUUACAGCAAUUCCAUAAUUUAUUAAAUUUUUUUGCCAUUCCUUUUUAAAUUGAAAAUUUGUAAUUCAUAUUUUUUGUACCUACAGCGUACACAAUUUCUGCUAAAAUGUUUAUUUUUUCUCAUCCUGUUGGCUGUCUUGUUUGUUUUAAAUGUACUUUCUGAUUUGUGCAUCAGUCUUCUUAAUGUGAGUUUCAUGCUCCAUAGUAUAGGUCAUGUUAUCAUGUUGUAUGUAUUGAUGUUUUUUAGUACUACAUGGGCAGAAUAUAAUUAGACUAGGUGAAUUAAUUAAGGUCUGACAUGCAGUGAGAACUUAUUUCUAGUCAAAGAUACGAAAAGAAUUUAUUUAUAAGUGUUGUACAAACAAAAUGUCUCAUGGAUUGUCAUGGACGAUUUCUCUGAACUGUUACGCUAAGUAUUUUUAGUUGUUUGAGGCGUUCAAAACAUACUAUUUUUUAAAAAGUGGUGAAAUAUAAGUGUAUUGUAUUGUUCUUUUAAAAAUAGUAUUUUGUAAGUGGUUUAAACUCUUUGGAUCUGCCAAGCAAUCUUUUCACCUUUACCUUAAAGUAGUUUUAAAGAAAAUAAUUUUUUUAAAAAUUUAGUACAAGGUUAAAAAUCUUUAAAAAAAAUUACUUGGAAAUCAAACGUCUUCAAUGUUAAUUACAAAAGACUUCUUUUGUCUGCCACUUUAUGCAUUUUUAUAUAUUAUCCAUGUAUGUGGUAUAAAAUCAUUGUAAAUUGAUUUUUUGUUUGUAAAAUAAACAUAUGUGCGAGAGACCAGUAUAAGAGGUUUAUGAAACAAAUGCAAUCUUUAUAAGGAAACAUUAAUUUCCCUAAUUUUAUUGUAUUGGUUAAAAAUGUGCAUGCACUUAUACUUUUAAAAAAAAGUUAAAUGCUUCAACUUACAAAUUAACAUUUACAUGAACAGACUUUUGUCCUUGCCUACUUCUAAAAAAAUACUGUAUUUUAUUUUAAUUGAUCUGUUUUGUACGGCAAAGGAUAAACAAUGGCGUGAUCUUUGUUCAAAAUUCUUUAACUUGUAUGAUUUGUGUAACUUUGAUUUUUCAAUAUCUUGAAAUAUAGCAUAACAUAAACGGAUGUAACAUAUGCGCUUGUGAUUUAAAAAAAUUGCUUUUACAUUAAACUUGGUGCAAUAUUGUAUUCAUGUACUUUUUUUAAAUAAUAUUUUUUCAGUAAUUAUGUGCCCUGUAAUUAACCAUAGAAAGUGUUUCAUUUUUGAGAGGAGUUCAAAAUUCUAAAAUUGAAUAAAUAGGCUGAACUCUUUAGGCAGUCAAGAGUUAAAGAACUAAAUAGCCAUUUUGUUUAUGAUAUUAGUUACCCACUGUACUUGUUUACUUAUUAAUCUAAAAUGUGUGUUAAAUGUUUGUUUUCUGAACACUGCUCAUAUUUGUGGUUAAGGAAUGUCCUCUAAUAAAAGAGCUCAAAAAAAAAAAAAAAACAACUUUUGUGACUAUUUGAACAUGAUAGAUAUCAUCCAUGUUAUCUGUUGGAUCAAUUGGACAAGCAUAAAAUGUCAUUUAAAAACAUUUUGGUUGGAAAUGAAGUUUUAUUUCUCUUAAAGUCUAAUUAACUAAAUCCUACACACAAAGUCA